GCAUCGUAGCAAGCCAUUCCCCUCUUUUCCAGCCUGAUACCUUAAUUUAAUACAGUCAUGACGAUCGUUCUGUUCCCUUGCAACGAAUGCCACAAGAAAUUCACGCGCUCCGGCGAUCUCAAGCGUCACAGCCUUAUCCAUCUUGGAAUUAAAGCCAACCACUGCAAGAUCUGCGGCAAGUCGUUCUCGCAGCCGUCGGGCCUCAAGACACACAUGAAUACCCACACAAACUCGAGACCUCACCGCUGUGGCCGAGGAGAUUGUGCAGCCACGUUCAAUGACCCUUCCUCUGCAUCCCGUCACCGCAAGGAAGCGCACUCGUCAAGUCAUGUAUACGAGUGCCCCAAAUGCCAUACUUGCAUCAAGCGCAGGUCCGCCUUCACGACGCACCUGAAGAAGCACGGGGACCAGUUCUUCGGUGUCCCAGUCGACAUCUUCUAUCAUGGCGACAUAGCCAUAGGGAGCAGGAAACGGUUCCGCCGGGCAUCAUCUGAAACUUCCUCUGAUUCCUUUUCGAUCUCCUCGAUGAAUGAUCCAUUCGACGGCUCUGCCUAUCAUGGUCAAUUCAUGGGCUCCGCGAGCGUCAAAGGCUUCGACUGGGGCUCGACGUCAUUCUCUUAUGAUGGGCUUGACUACUUGUCGUUGCCAGCCAGUGAACAAACAACCCCGUUUGAUUCUCCAGAACUCAACCUCAACGCACAAACUCAGUACCUAUCCGAAUGCCUUUCCCGGUACGCGUUUGGGUCACUUGACCCCGUAUAUAACUUUGGGGAUCAGCAUCUCUAUUCUGGCGCCGGACUCGUGCAGGAUGUGGACUUCAGUGGUCUUUACACAAUGCCUUAAAUAAGCGGUCGAUCUGCUUGUUACCAGUUAUGUUGCUAAUGUCGCUAUGUCAACUUAAUUAUAUAGUACAUCUCUUCGAGCUUCUCGUAUAAUUUGUAUCUUGUACUGUACUCCCAAUCGCUACAAUAAUGGACUGCUGAUGCAGAUGCAAUCGUGGCGAAUGGGGAUAAGACCGACAACCAGAAGUGUGACCUUGAUUAGACGCACUCACGUGUUGGCGACAUCAACAAAAU